UAGUUUAGUUCUUCUUGGUUUGUCCCUCUCUCUCUCUCUCUCUCGCUCUGAGAUUUUUUGUCUGCUAGCUUCCAAGACUCACAUACCAUAAAAAGGCAAUACAACCUCAGCAGCUGGAUACUUCGUGUUUCAGUUCUGUAACAAUCUUCGUUUCCUAUAUAUAUAUAUACAUAUAUAUAAAAAGACCUUGCAUGUGUUCUUCUCAUCUCCUAGUUUUCAACACUGAGCCUGGCUAUGUGAAAAUUCAGAUGGGUUCUGGUUUUUGACCCCCCUGACUUAGAAGGAACAAAAAAAAACAGAGAUUUUUUGAGAACUCACUUUGGAACUUUCAGUGGCAAGUAGCAGAUUAUGCUACAAGAGGCCUGGCAAAGUUUGAUUCUUUUUAUCCUAGUUUCUGAUGAAGUUUUUGAGAGUGUGAGGCUGGAUCAAUUUAAGGAUUUUUUUGGGUAGUUGGGAUCCGUGGUCGCAAUAGGCAUGGAUUUCAAGUGAGUUCAAAUUGAAGGCCUGAAGGUUUUGCUGUGUAUUUUUCUUAAGGGGUGGAGGAACUCUUGAAAAAGGAUAUUAUAAGGCUGCAUAGCUGUUAUUGCUGCUUGGAACUUGCAAGUUACUGAACUAAGCUAAAAAAUGGGUUCAAGAGUAGAUACUGAUGAAGAUAAUGAUAACAGAGGUAGUAUGUGGGAUUUGGAUCAGAAGCUUGACCAGCCUAUGGAUGAAGAGGCAGGAAGGCUCAGAAAUAUGUACAGAGAAAAAAAAUUUUCAGCAUUGUUGCUUCUGCGGCUAGCAUUUCAGAGUCUUGGUGUGGUUUAUGGAGACUUGGGCACUUCACCCUUGUAUGUUUUCUACAAUACAUUUCCUAAUGGAGUGAAAGAUGAGGAGGAUGUAAUUGGAGCGCUUUCUUUGAUUAUCUACUCUCUUACCUUGGUGCCACUCCUCAAAUAUGUUUUUGUUGUAUUAAGAGCAAAUGACAAUGGCCAAGGUGGAACAUUUGCUCUUUAUUCCUUGCUUUGCCGACAUGCAAAGAUAAAAACCAUUCCUAACCAGCAUCGAACUGAUGAAGAGCUAACGACGUAUAGUCGGUCUACCUUUCAUGAAAGGUCAUUUGCUGCAAAAACCAAAAGAUGGUUAGAGGAACAAGAAUCUGCGAAGAGAGCCAUUCUUAUUCUUGUCCUUGUUGGCACCUGCAUGGUUAUUGGAGACGGGAUUCUUACCCCGGCUAUAUCCGUUUUAUCAGCUGUUGGUGGCAUCAAGGUAAAUCAGCCUCGGAUGAGUAGUGGUGUAGUAGUGCUGGUUGCUGUGGUAAUAUUAGUUGGGUUCUUCAGCAUGCAACAUUAUGGCACAGAUAGAGUUAGUUGGCUCUUUGCUCCAAUUGUCCUGCUUUGGUUUCUCCUAAUUGGAGGUAUAGGCAUAUUUAACAUCUGGAAGUAUGGAAGCGGUGUUCUAAAAGCUUUUUCUCCUGUGUAUAUAUAUCGCUAUUUUAGAAGAGGAGGAAAAGAAGGCUGGACUUCCCUUGGUGGGAUCAUGCUCAGCAUAACUGGGACAGAAGCUCUUUUUGCUGACCUAGCCCAUUUUCCGGUCUCAGCUGUGCAGCUUGCAUUUACUCUAGUUGUGUUUCCUUGCCUUCUUUUAGCCUAUUCUGGUCAAGCUGCUUACCUUAUGAAUAACUUGACCCAUUCACAAGAUGCUUUUUAUCGUUCAAUUCCAGAUAGAAUAUAUUGGCCAGUAUUUAUUAUUGCGACAUUGGCAGCCAUAGUUGCAAGCCAGGCUACAAUAACUGCAACUUUUUCGAUUAUUAAGCAAGCCCUUGCUCUCGGAUGUUUCCCCAGAGUUAAAGUUGUAUAUACAUCAAAGAAAUUUCUCGGCCAGAUAUAUGUUCCAGAUAUUAAUUGGAUCCUUAUGAUUCUUUGCAUUGCUGUUACUGCUGGGUUCGAAAAUCAAAACCAGAUUGGAAAUGCAUAUGAAAGGUUGCUGCAUUGUGACCUGGAGAAACAAUCCUUCUGCUUUGUGUGGGGGGUUAAGGCUGCGUACAUUUGCCCUCCCAUACUAGGUACUGCAGUUGUUAUAGUCAUGCUGGUUACAACACUCCUUAUGAUUUUAAUCAUGAUACUAGUGUGGCGCUGCCAUUGGAUUCUCGUCCUAAUCUUCACUGGCUUAUCAUUGAUUGUGGAAUGCACAUACUUCUCCUCAGUACUCUUCAAAGUUGAUCAAGGUGGGUGGGUUCCACUUGCAAUUGCUGGAGCAUUUCUUAUUAUUAUGUCCGUUUGGCAUUACGGCACCGUGAAACGGUAUGAGUUUGAAAUGCAUAGUAAGGUCUCAAUGGCAUGGAUUCUUGGUCUUGGCCCAAGUUUAGGACUUGUUCGUGUCCCCGGAAUUGGACUGGUCUACACAGAACUUGCAAGUGGAGUACCCCACAUUUUUUCUCAUUUCAUCACCAACCUACCAGCCAUCCAUUCUGUAGUUGUUUUUGUAUGUGUGAAGUACCUUCCUGUCUACACCGUCCCAGAAGCAGAGCGAUUCCUUGUCAAGAGGAUUGGACCUAAGAAUUUCCACAUCUUUCGAUGUGUGGCACGGUAUGGCUAUAAAGACCUGCACAAGAAAGAUGAUGAUUUUGAGAAAAAACUCUUUGAGAACCUUUUCACAUUCGUUCGGCUCGAGUCUAUGAUGGAAGGAUGUUCGGAUUCAGAUGAAUACAGCUUAUGUGGACAGCAAAUCGAGCAUCCAAGAGGUGGCCUUUUGCAUAACAAUGGAAGCACAGUUUCUUCCAAUAUGGAUUUAACAAUGUCCUCAGUAGAUUCAAUAGUACCAGUUAGAUCACCGCAUCACAUGAAUAUUACUGUCAGGUCUUCUGGUCAAACAAGCAGCCAGACCGAAGUUGACGAACUUGAAUUUUUGACUAUCUGCAGGGAUGCUGGGGUGGUUCACAUACUGGGAAACACAGUUGUGAGGGCAAGGAGGGAAUCAAGGUUCUACAAGAAAAUAGCUGUUGAUUAUAUAUAUGCAUUUCUUAGGAAGAUAUGCAGGGAAAAUUGUGUAAUCUUCAAUGUCCCUCAUGAGAGUCUCUUAAAUGUUGGUCAGAUUUUCUAUGUAUAGCAUAGCCCCAUAUCCUUGUGAUUGCCAUUUUUUUUGCAAAAUGAGCUGAGUGUAGCAUAUGAACAACACUUUGCUUAUGGUAAUCAAGAUACAAUUCGGAAUUGACUUAGAAGAAUGUUUUUUUAGCAAUUAUCUCUUAAAAAUUGAGACUAUUGUUCCCA